CGUGCGGGGCAGGGCGGGGAUGCGCAGCCGCGGCCACUUCUCUCCCGCUCCCCGCCCCGCCCCUCCCUCCAUCCCUCACCGGCUCCCCGGCUCCCGCCCCGCCCGCCCCGCCCGCCCGCCGCUCCGGGGGGGUCUCCGCCGCCGCCGCCGCCGGAAGGAGCCGCCAUUUGCCACCGCCGAGCGCACGGGCCGAGCCGAGCCGGAGCCGGGAACCCGAGCGGGGCUGGAGCCAGCUGGACGGCGAUGGGGGGCGGCCCCGCCGCAGGAGGCCCGGGGCGCGUAACCCCGGGAGCCCGGCCCGCUCCAGACCCGGACCCGCGGGGCGCGGCACCUUGAGCCCCCCCUCCCCGCCCCCUGCCCUGGCCAUGGCUGCCCGCCCCGCCGCCCCCGGGCCGCCAGCCCUCUCGGCCCCGAAAGCCCCGGAACCCCGGCUGUGGCAGCAGUGAACUGCGCUCUCAGGCCCCGAAGACCCCGGCCCGGCUCGGCUCUCCUGCGCGCGCCCCCUUCCCGGCCUUGUCCUCUCCCUUCCCCCCGCCGCCCGAGAGCCCCCCUUGCACGCCGCCUCCCGCCCCCCCGGCGCCCGGACGAUGCUCAAGUCUCGGCUCCGCAUGUUCCUGAACGAGCUGAAGCUGCUGGUGCUGACGGGCGGGGGGCGGCCCCGGGCCGAGCCGCAGCCCCGGGGGGGCGGGGGAGGCGGCUGCGGCUGGGCGCCCUUCGCCGGCUGCUCGACCCGGGACGGCGACGGCGACGAAGAGGAGUACUACGGGUCGGAGCCGCGGGCCCGGGGCCUGGCCGGCGACAAGGAGCCGCGGGCCGGACCCCCGCCGCCGCCCGCGCCGCCACCGCCGCCCCCGGGCGCGCUGGACGCCCUGUCGCUCAGCAGCAGCCUGGACAGCGGGCUCCGAACCCCCCAGUGCCGAAUCUGCUUCCAGGGCCCGGAGCAGGGGGAGCUCCUGAGCCCCUGCCGCUGCGACGGCUCAGUGCGCUGCACACACCAGCCCUGCCUCAUUCGCUGGAUCAGUGAGAGGGGCUCCUGGAGCUGUGAGCUCUGCUACUUCAAGUACCAGGUCCUGGCAAUCAGCACCAAGAACCCACUGCAGUGGCAGGCCAUCUCCCUGACGGUCAUCGAGAAGGUCCAGAUUGCAGCCAUAGUUCUGGGCUCUCUCUUCCUCGUUGCCAGCAUCUCCUGGCUCAUCUGGUCCUCACUCAGCCCUUCAGCCAAGUGGCAACGGCAAGAUCUGCUCUUUCAGAUCUGCUACGGCAUGUAUGGCUUCAUGGAUGUCGUCUGCAUAGGCCUCAUCGUGCACGAAGGCUCCUCUGUCUACCGCAUCUUCAAGCGCUGGCAGGCAGUGAACCAGCAGUGGAAGGUCCUGAAUUAUGACAAGACCAAGGACAUAGGAGGAGACACAGGGGGAGGGACGGCAGGGAAGCCGGGCCCCAGGACCUCAAGGACGGGCCCCCCCUCUGGGGCCACCAGCCGCCCCCCGGCUGCCCAGCGCAUGCGGACGCUCUUGCCUCAGCGCUGUGGUUACACAAUCCUGCACCUCCUUGGACAGCUGCGGCCGCCAGAUGCCCGUUCCAGUUCCCAUUCUGGCCGAGAGGUUGUCAUGAGGGUCACCACGGUCUGAAAUUGAACUCCAGGAGCGGGGAUCUUGCAUCAGUGCAUCGGCCAGAGAUAAGCUGUCAUGGCUGCUGGAGGUACCACCCGGACAAGGUGCUUGGGGUGCACUGCCCCCACCACUGAGGAUCUCUGUGGGCAGCCUCAAGCUGGAGACAUUGUCUGGCCUCUACUGCCCAUUGGGUAGAGACACCUGGAUGACAUUCCAGCCCCCACUGAUAGUUCCUCACGCUUAUCCUGGGGCAACCAGUGGGCAGGUGGGAAGAGCAUCUUUUCUUCCCUAGAGAACCGUCCUUACCUCAGCUCCUAGGGCCUCCAGCCCCCCCAGCUCCACCAUAGUGACUUGGUGAAGGGGGACCAAUGCCAGAAGAAAGGGGUUGUAGACGCCCCAUUCCCCACCCCAUGGCCACAGGGCAGCUGGCAAUAAGACUAGUAUACAUUGACCUCCCGUUCCCUGCAUGAGGGCGGGAGGGACCUCCCCCUGCUCCACCCCCCAUUGCAUGGGGGGAGGGCAUAAAGAAUCAUUUAUAUGCA